CUUCCAUUAUAAAAGGGAAUACCACCCCUGAUCCUGACCCCUUUCAUGAUUGUUAGAGACCAAAACAAGGUCUAAAAAUGGGUGAAGAAAAUAGCAUUUUGAUCCGGCUCAUGAUUCAGAGAACGAGGCGGGACACCUCCACCAAGAAUUUAUAGGAGUAUUUACAACUUUAACUCACGUGUCUUGCUAUUUAGCGAUCUUUUGAUCUUAUUUUUCCUUACCUAGAACCAAUUUGCACGGUUUUUACCAAAGUAGUCCGUAGUCCGUAUUUUAUACCCAGUCCGCAGUCCGCAGUCCACGUUUUAUACCUUGUCCGUGUUUUAUACCCAGUCCGUAUUUUCUAGUCCGCGUUUUAUACCUAGUCCGUAUUUUAUACCCAGUCCGCAGUCCGUAGUCCGCAGUCCGCAGUCUGUGUUUUAUACUGACCGGAGAUCAAUCUGAAAUCUACAUCUAGCAACGGAUUCAACUUUUGAAUAAUAAAUUCAUUAAUGUAUUCUUGGGGGGUACGCUUGACCUGGUUUGACUGUAAAUUAUUAAACGAGCCAUGGCAUUGGCGUAUAUUUUGACCAUUGUAAGGCAAUUCACGAAAAAGUGCCUUACUGAGUUUAGUUUGAGCUGAAUUUGGCAAGUAACAUGAAAUCGCUUGUUUACGUGUGAAAAUCUCUCACUUUCGACACAAUAUGUACGUCUACGUUAGCCUCAGAUAUUUUUCUUUAAAAAUAUGGAUGUAACAGAAUGAUUCCUUCAUUAAAACCAACGAGAGAAGAAACAUUGUAUCAAAAUUUGUGCUGUCCCGAGAGACCUUGUGGCCCCAGCAGGGUCACGCGAUUUUCAAUGUAAGGCUUUUGUCUGGCGUGACUUUCAUAUGACGUGCUUGAAAGGCCUGAAAGGCAGUCAUCACACAAAUGAAAACAAGUUAAAGGUAAACUUAAAAUGGAAUUAAAUAAACAUUUUGCUCAUUUACUAAGCAAAGCAACAAUUGUUGCUGUAUGAAGAGUCUGUAUGAAUAGUUAAUUAGGGCCGCCUGUAACUCGAUAUUGAUUCGUUCUCGUCACAUAAUGUAAAUUACAUCUAAGUUAAUUCUUAAUUUAAAGAUAAAAUCUUCAUGCAAAAAUUACUGUAUAAUAACCAAUUAAAAAUGACAUCUAACUGCUUCGAAACGCAUGCUUUGUACUGGUCGAUUUGUUCUGCCAAGGCCAGUUGAUAAAUAAUAACAUACAAGUUUAUGAUUAAUAAAAAAAGUCUGUUUUCCUCCAAUAUUAAAAAGAUACAGAAACCUCCAUUACGAUCUCAGUGUGAUCUCACCUGUGAACAAAUGAACUGUCAAUCUUAUGUAAACAAAGCCAAACUUACCAACUACACCGCAUAUAAAUGUGCGGCAUCAUCUCCAACUCAAGCUCGAGUACUAUAAAAUGGCGUCUCAAAUUAAGAAGCAAAGAAAACUCGUGAUCAUUGCUGGGAUUUUUGCUCUUGUCGGGUUCAUUCUCUUAAUCAUUGGGAUAGUUCUCUUGACAAAAUCUAAGUCGAAAGAUUGCGACCUAGAUGAAGCCGAUAAUGAUAAAGAAAAACACCGGCAGACGGACCGAUGCAGUUAUUCCGCGGCGGCUGAACUAGCAGGCGUAGGUGACUUUCUGCAGAAAGUGCAAGACAGAUACUUUGAACUUCACCCGCAAGAGUUGAUUUUUAAACCUGGAGGGGUGAAGCCAGAGGAAAUGAAAGAAAAAUUCCAACCGUACAACCCAGAUCCGAAAAACCUAAAGCACAUCACUGAUGCAGCGCGAGCUCUUCUGCUCGAACUGAAGAAAAUGUCGAUCAAUGCUAGACAACUCAAGCCGCGCGAGAAGAAAUCUCUAGCUCAAGUAAAGCAUUUUCUGGAAAACAAUUUUGGAAUGCCUUUUGAUGGAGACUAUUAUGCUGGGGUUUUUCUUAUGGGUCCAAAUCUGUUUUGCUGGCAGCCGAUUUGCAAUAUUGGUUCGAACGACAUCAAGAAUGGCCUGGGAAACUUACGCCCCAAGAGCUUGAGUGAUGUCCAGUUAGUACAAGGGAAAAUGAAGCUAGUAGCCAAAACGUUCACACGGUACAUCGAUAACUUGAGGUUCGGAAUAAAAGCUGGCAUGGUGCGAUCAAAAGAGGAAUGUAUCGCUGGAAUAAAUUCGUUUAAAAGAGAUUACUUCAACGUUUCCAUGAAAGGAGACAUAGGUAUGUGGGAGUAUAGUACAAAUCAAACAUCAGAGAUGUCAUGCUGGGAGCACCCCUGGGAUAUAUUUUUUGAGGGGGUGAGUUGGUAGUGUGCAACUCCUUAUAUUUGUCGCCCGACUGAUUUUUAAACAAAAGUAAAUGCGCAAUAUUCUAGCCUGCGUGGCAAGCGUUUCCAAUCGAGUUAUUGCGCGAAAGUUAGAAAGGAAACAAACUUCUUUCCUCUCCCCCUCCCCCGUCAUUCAUUUUUUUUUGCUCUAGUCCCAGCUUUCUAGACGAACCUCGCGAGGAAACGCUUGCUACGCAGGCUAGCAAUAUUCAUUCUUAGUACCCUGCUUCUUUGCAGAGGCAUUUGCACUAAAUACCUGGUUUGAAACAGGCUUGUCAUUGUGGCCGUCACAUAGUAUUAAACCCAGGAUUAUAAAAUUUUUAGUUAAUCUGGAGAAAUUAAUAUCAGGGCAAUAAAAUUCAUCUGUCAACAUCUAUGUCAAAGGCAAUAAUAUCGUCAUGGUCCACUUGUGAUCCCGGCACCGUGAUAACUCCAAAUCGACUUCAUAUCCGCAACCCAGAUAAACUUGCAUGCGUACAGUUUUCUCUUGGUAAUGGGCGAUUAGGUUCCUUGGGUGGGAUCGAGCUCGAGGGGGAUGGGGUGGGGGUGGAUGGUACACUGUUUUUUACUUGGGUCCUUCUGGCUGACAGACCGUGACCUAUAUAGGAGACAUCACUGUUUGCCAACAUUGGUUUUGUUAUUCAAAUUUUUCACGAGCGAAACAAAAGGAUCUUUUGUUACAAGCACCAAUGCGCUUCUGGUUGGCACAUUUUGAAAUAUCGGUAGGUGACGUCAGCGUGCCCCUGUUAUAGAACCACAUAGAAUGGAACGCAAGCAAGGCAGGACCCGGGCAGGACAAAGCAUCUACAAGACCAAACUUACCUUUCACAGUUUCAUAUCGAACAGCUGAAGGAGGCAAGGAUUUAAGAAGCGAAGCAUUCCGCCGAAAAUAAGCUGUAAAAUCUGGUUGACUAAAGAAAUGUGUAGAAAUAUAUUUUUGAUAUUUUUGUGAAAUAUCUUUGCUGAAACAAAGUUUUCUGGGCUCUUACCUAACCCUUCUUCGGGGGAUUUUAGCACUUUAAAGGUGAACCGAAAAUGUGGUAUGCGGAAACACGAAAAACUUAUUUUAGAUUGGUUUUGAGAACUGAAGGUUUAUUUCAAACUUAGCACAGCUAUAUUGGCAUGACGAAUGUUUGUGACAUGAGCGUUCUCAUCAAACAGUUUACACAAUGUUGCAUUCCUUCGUUGACAGCAUUCAUCAAAUACUGACGUAAUAACGGUGAUAGUAGAUCAUUACCGUUUUUUUCUCCCCUCCCCCUCCCCCCUUUCCUUCUUCCGCCCUCGCGCCUACUGUAAGGGUUACUAUUUCUACUCUCCCCAAUCUUCCACUGUCAUAAAAUCAAAGAUGGCCGCUACAACAAUAUUACGAACACGAACAAGGUUUCGCGCAUCCAAAAUACGCCUGCACUGCAGGCUACUUUGUAAUGGGCUCGGCGGCAAUGUAUCGUAUUUUCCCCUUUUUUUCAAUGCUGAAUCAAAUGAGGAGACCAUGAGAGUCUGCACAUGGUAACAGAAAAAAUAGCAUGCAUGCGUAAAUGGCGGUAUUAGCGAGCGAUUGCAUACUGUUGCCUUUUUGGCUAAAGUCCAUCCAAGAAUGUACCCUGUACCAAACAAUCUAGCCAUCUAGGCAGGCUAAGAACAACCAGAAUGAAGGCUUCUUUCUUUUCACAACUUCGAAUUCUUCCUACCUGAUCUGUAAGUAAAUGCGGUAAGAAAAUAGAUCCAAAGUACAUUGCCGAUUUUCAGAAUUAAAGGGACGUAUGUUAUAACCUAAGGGGUAAAGGAAGUAACUUGGUACAGCCUCAUUUUAAAAGCUCAGUGGAUGUAUAAAUCCUUUUCAUUUAUAGCUAGUAAACCGUGGAAUAAGCUAGUGUCAUAUAUUAGAACUCUGAUAAUCUUAAAGUGUUUUUAAAAAGGCUCUUCAAAAGCUCAGUUUAGAAUCUUUAUAUUAGUUUUUGUCUUGCCAGUACUUAGGUUAUUUUAUCAUUAUUACUAUUUUUUAAUCUAUUUAAUUCUUUGCUAUCAUAGUUUGUGACCUUUUUCUGAAUGUUCAUGUUAAAUUUUAGCUCUCUUUUAAUAGUUUUUUAUAUGAUGAUAUUUUUUAUGUAAUAGAUAUAAAAACUUAUGUAGUUAAAAUUUUUACUUAGGUUUUUACUUUUUACUAGUGUAUCACGUGCACCUUCGGAUGAUUUUCUAUUGUUAACUCCUAGGUGUUACUAGCCUCCCACGCAGACGUUGUUACGGGUUCGUCACGCAAUCAUUCCUCUCGUGGGGUAGGAACGCGUGACGAACCCCUAAGAACGUUUGCGUGGGAGGCUAAGGUGUUACGUGUAUAAAUAAACUACUUACUUACUUACUUAUUAGGAUCAAGGGAGAGGUAACCUGCGAUCACGCUUUUUUUUAGAGGGAUAAGAGGGAGAGGGCAUAAUCUCAGGCUAAGGGAGAGGAAUUGAUACUGAAGCACUGGUCCUAACCUUUUCCACUAUGGAAAAAGGGUUUUGUCCCCUUGGAAACCUAACAUAUAUUUUAUUAGAAACAACCUGGUAUAUUCAAUUGAACUUCCUGUUGUCGGCAAAAAUAAGUAGCAAUCAGGCGCGUUUAUCUAAGUUAACAAUUUCAAUUCAUUAUCACUAACAACGUACCAUAAUCAGUUACAGUGCAUCUGCCAAAAAAAGGUUUAAGUAGAUCAAUACCUCGUAUCACGUACUUAUGCUUCCGAGAUAGAGACUUUUCUACUACUUGAUAAUGAUCUGACAGAUUCUAUGGUAAUUAACAGAAGCCCAUAAUCCGGAGCGUUCAACUGCCAUAAAUUCGUGCAACGGCGUUUUUACAAGUGAGUUUAUUUUUAGUUAAGCUUUUCCCGCGAAAAAUAACUGUUCCACGAGGUCAAUUCCCCCAUUUGAUCGUCGUUUAGACUGUUAGUAGCUUGCUUGGACCUUUUCACAGUCGGCUAUUUCGAAGAUGAUUUCGAUUUAAUUCCCUUUGCGUGAAUUAUCCGUUGUCGCCGAUGAAGUAGACGUCCUGGCUAGGUUUUGCAAAUCUUGCUCUGAACUGCUAGUUUCCGUGUAAAUACUGAAAUUGUCGCUUGAAGAACUGUCAGAAGACUCCUCUGAAGAUUCCUCACGUGUUUCCGCCAUGUUUUUUUCAAUUUGAAGGAGUUGUCCUAAUUACGUAUUAAAAGUUUAUCAUUGAUGACGCAAUUGCUAGUGAUUGGCUUUUCGAAAGCAAUUCGCGGGAAAGGCUUAUCUAAAAAUAGACCUACUUGUGAAAACGCCGUUGCAUAGGCGCAGUAUGGAGGUUAGACGCUCCGGGUUAUGGGCUCCUGUAAUUAACUAUUAUUCCACGAAUGCGCCUUGGAUAUGAGAUGGUAGAUAGCCAACGAGGAGCAUGUAUCCAACAAGCGCGAGUGCAAUAAUUGUUUUAUUAAAAACGCCCACAAAAUAUCGAAAAUUCUUCUUGACUUUAUUCUGUUUAUUUGUAAAAACAACCGAUUUUCAGCUUGUUUUUAAUUUUGAGCAGACGCGUACAGUUACCAUAUUUGGAGAGCAUGGCAUAAUGGCACAUAUACCAUGAUGGCUACGCCAAUCAUCAGCUCAUAAGCUCUGAUCUUGAAUUGCAUUAUCCAAUGAUUCAGUUUUUAAUAGUAGGAGAUAUAGGUAUAUGACAUUUCCAUGUGAUGUGAUCGAUUUCUCUUAUUUGCAAGGCUGCAUGUUUUGUUGUGAUCUGAGUUUUCAGUGCCCGUCCUUCAUUUUUGUUUUCAGGUAUUUUUGAUGAAGAUUAUAUGAGGCCUAUAUUAGAUGAAAAGUUUCUGGCCUUGUUGCAGCCCGACGACUUGACAAAAUGGAAAGACGACAAAGGAAAGACUGUGAACGAAUCUAUUCGAGAGCACGCGUUGGAAUACAUUGGCAAACCCAUCCAAAAAGUGAUAAGGCAAGUCUCCAGGCUGUGCGCCUGCGUCUCGCCCCGGCUUUUCCGCGAGUUUAAACAGGAGUGUAACCUCCCCCCCUCGCCCACCCCCCAUAUCUGCUGAAGUCCAGCCUUGAAUAAAAACUUGUCUGGGCUGCGCGUGAGACGUACGUUGGUUUUCUUGCACGACGUUACGAUUUAUGCCCGCACUGUCUCUUGUUAGUGUUGGCUUUUCAACCGCUUAGGUUGUUCAUUCAAGCGUGAUGCCAGCCGGCCAUACAGAGUUAUUAACCUUACACCGUAAUUUUUAGGGAGUUAUUAUAACUCCAAAAAUGGAGUAAAAAUUUUAGGUACAGGAUAACCCCUUUUUUGGGGUUAUUUUAACUCCUAAUUUAACUCCGAAUUUGGGGUCAUUUUUACUCCUGAAAAAGAGUUCUUUUUACUCCCAGUCUUGGAGUUAAAAUUACUCCGAAAUGGGGUUACUUGUACUCCUUACAGGGGUUGUUUUCACCCUUUUUGGAGUUAAUUUAACUCUGAAAGUGGAGUAAAAAUUUUAGGUACAGGAUAACUCCUUUUUUGGGGUUAUUUUAACUCCUCAAAAUCUGUGGUCACUUUUACUCCUGAAAAAGAGUUCUUUAAACUCCUUUUUGGAGUUAAAAUAACUCCACGAAAAAUAACUCCACUGUAAGGAGUUAAAUUAGCCCCACUAGAGGAGUUAUUAUAACUCCCUGAAAAUUACAGUGUAACUAAGACUUAUUGCGGCUUUUUUUUGCCGUUCUCGUUGCCUUCGCCGUAGUCGUUGCUAAAGCUAAAUAUUUAUUUUUCCCAUUGCAGAUUCUUAGAAACGGAGCAUCUUCAGCACUGCGUUCCAAGUGAUGUUUCCAGCGGUCUAGCAACCCUGCCGCUCUCUCACGUUUACAUCAACGGAACCAAAACUGCAAACAAAACCACCAAGAAACUACCUACCGGUGAACCGUUGAACGGAACGCGGGCGUACGAAUCAAUCAUGCCUUAUUUCACGACAAUAACUAAAACGCCAGAUCAAGUACACCAGCUGGGCAAAGACAUGUUGAAUAAACUUUACCCAGAGGUAGGUCUAUUUGUAUGUCUACUGUCCAAUAGUCGACACUUGUUCAAGUUGUAAACUAGUAAAAGUCAAACAAUUGGUAAGAGUUUUAAAUCAAUGUUUACCUAGCCAGCGCGGCAGGCGCUGGUUAGUUUUCUGUUGUUGUUGUUGUUGUUUUUUUUUAAAUAGAGCGCUCGAAGGGAACAAGCGAAGAGGAGAUGGGCCGUCUCUCUCCUUUUCUUCCCUUGCGCGCUCGCGUCCCUUUUUUUUCCUUUCGCCCUAAAAAAAAACUGGUGCCUAUUAUAUUUUUACUAUUUUUUACGCGAUUGGGUCAAGUGGUGUGUGUAAUUGAUGCGUUUGAGUGAAGUAAAAUGAGUUACAGUACUUGGCUGCAUCGCAUUGGUGUAGAGAGGGGACCUAUUUUCAAGUGAAAAAGGGAAACAUCGAUCUGGCAUGACAAUUUCUAGUUCUAUAUUCAACUUACCGGUACUCGAACCACAUUCUGUGCGUGCCAUGGUGAAACUGCAUCAACAUUACACACAAAUUAUAGGUAGCACUGACAUGAACUGAAAAGAGAUCAGCACUAAUGUUAUGAACACUGCUUGUUCACGGACGAAACACAUCCGAUGAAUGGGGUGUUAAAGCUGCAUAACAAUGUCGAUUACACAAAAACUGAUUUACUGUUCCGAUAGUAAAUAUGAUGAUUCCAAGUGAUAUUAUCAUUUCCUGUAACUAAAAUGGUUCUUUUUGACCCAGCAGUUUAAUUAAUUUUAUACAUUUUCAGGUUCUGGAAAUCGCCCGCCAAGUCACAGGCGAGAACGACAAUGAUACUGCAAAGCAGGAAUUCAUCCAACGACUGAACGAGUCAGAUAUGUUCUUCAAUAAGGAACCAUUUCCUGCAAACGAAUCCAACGAAAAUGCUCACAAUCUCUGCACAUCUGUCAAAGAAGCGAAGAAAUAUUGCCCAAAACGAUGGGAAACGAUGGAGAAAUGGUUCGCAGAAGCUCGGCGGGUAAGAGUGUACUUGCGCGCCAGUAUAUUAGCAAUAUUGCACACACAUUAUGAAAAGCGUAUUCCUGAUAUUAACGUAAAACCAGUCCUCUCAGGAAUACACUCAAUCGAACACAAACAUUCAACCUUCUCACUCUCUAUUUUUCUCUUGAUUUGACUGCAUGAUUGCGACUAACCAGAUUAUACACGAGCGCAUGAGCAUUUGAGAGAAACCACUUGCGUUACACUACAUGCUGACUAAUGAGAACUAAUGAUGAUGACCCAGUGUCGAGAACGUUCGGGUUUUUUUUCUUCGUUUUAAAAUUUUGGGCCUUAUAAAUGCUUCACUUUAGUAAAUUUUCAUUUUACUGACAGGUGAUGAGCAUGCUGGAUCCUCAAACCACAGACAUGUUUUAUUUCUCUGGCCCUAAACACACUACGCCCAACUGCCCUGUGGACCUAGCUCCAAACUUUAACCCCUCAAGCGGUGCGCAGAGCUACCGAAGGAGCAACAAAGAAUGUACUAGAAAUGCGUAUUACAACAUCCCAUUCUUCCUGGACAGACCUAAAAAAUACGAGGAAUGGAGUGUAAAUGCACACGAAGCUAGGCCUGGCCAUCACACUCAGGUGACGUAAAUUCUCUACAUCUAUGAUCUAUAGUCUAUAAGGAAACCCAUGCCUUUUACAGCCAUAUUACAGCAAACCGAUGUACAUUGUACAAGUCAACUAUAUAUCCCCUAAGGGGAUUAAAUAGUGGUGGAUACAUACCGGGACUCCAACCGUAUAUAUCUCAGCUAGCACUAUGAACCAGCCCUAAACGGGGGCAUAUAUGGUUCAUUUAUCGCUAAAAUUUUGUCUUCCGUGGCAACUAUCCGAGUAAGGUAAGCCAAUCAAAACGCGCGAAAAUGGCCUGCGAAUACAGCCGUCUCUUCAGCUCCUCGUCGCUAAUGAAUUUCCGCAGACGUGUUUUCUGCGAAACGUCCCAAGCGGCGAGGAGCGAGGAGAGACGGAUGUAUUCGCAGGCUAACGCGAAAAUUGCUUUCCACUGAUUUUGUGCAUAAUAAUGAGCUGUCCUAUCCACUCUGAAUGUAGUUUUCUAAACAGCCGUUUUUAGUGUCGUCACGCAACGCUCCUCCCCAGCCGUUUGUACUGUGAGGAGGAGCGUUGCGUGACGACACUAAAAACGGCUGUGUAGCAGACUACUCUGAAUGGAGGGAGCCUACAAAAUCCAUUCACGUGAGGAAGCAUGUCGAAAAAGUGACUAAAUAAAAACGGAUUCGGUUGGAAGCAGCUAGUUUCGUUAUCGACUACCAAUCGGAAAAGAAAAUUCUUAUCAAACCGCAGAUCUUACAGCACUUGGCGUACACAUUUUGUUAUCCACCAAACUAAGUUUCUCCCAGUUGCGAAACUGAGAGACAAGUCCAUCUACGCAAACUCAACAAUUUCUCCCAUUCUGCCGCGUAAUUGAAUAUUUUUCCUUUCGUGUAACCCCAGGUCCAAGGUUUGGUUGAGCAUUUUCGAGACAGCUGUGGUGGUGUAAUUAGCUGGUUGGAUAGUUCUACCUAUUAUACCGCCUUUACGGAAGGCUGGGCGCUCUAUGCAGAGAACCCACUGAUCGCCCGGGAAACAAAUGUCUACGACAAAGCGCCUUUUCAGAAGUAUGGGAUGCUAAAAUGGCAGGUAUGGAUCAGACAAAAGUUUUGUUUUGGGGGCUCAGGAAAAUUCCAGAUUAA